AAUCAAUUUUCGUUUUCCGAAACCAAAACAAAGUCAACAAUCUCGGUAAACAAUGAUUUGAUUUCGUCAAAAAUAUCUCCAUACAGUAAAAUUCGUCAUUCGUUUCUCUCUCUAGAUUCAUCAAAUUUCAAAAACCCAGAAGCUGGAUUCAAGGAACAGAUGUCUUUCUACAAAACCAAUUUCUUCGAUCCUCAAUCGGCGGCGGAGAAGGCCGUUUCCGUCAUCGGAAACGGGUACGACCUCAACUCCGAUAUCCGAUUAACUGGUUGUAAACCUGGUCCCUCUGGUUCGACCUUGAUCGAUCUCGACGGAACCGUAACUAAAGACCUGCUGGUUCCCGGUGGCAUCGUUGUUCCCAAUGUUUCCGCCUCUAUCAAGUGCGAUAAAGGGGAACGCACCAGGUUUCAUUCCGAAGUCGUUUCAUUUAAUCAGAUGUCGGAGCGAUUCAAUCAAGAUGUAUCUUUAUCGGGUAAGAUACCUUCUGGUUUCUUCAACUUGAUGUUUGGUUACAAGGGGUGUUGGCAGAAGGACGCCUCUACAACCAAAAGUCUAGCUUUUGAUGGUUGGUUUAUAACGUUGUACAACAUCGAGUUACAGAGAUCGCAGAUCGCAUUAUCUGAGAAGGUGAAGAUCGACGUGCCGCCUUCAUGGGAUCCUGCCGCCCUUGCUCAGUUUAUUGAUAAGUAUGGUACACAUAUCGUUGUUGGGGUUAAGAUGGGAGGCAAAGAUGUAAUCUAUCUAAAACAGCUACAAACUUCAGAUCUAGAGCCAAGAGAAGUGCAGAAUAUAUUGAAGCAAUUAGCAGACGAAAAUUUAUCCGAGGACGUGAAGAAAACUUCCGAGAAGUCGGUGAAGCAAAAGGAUGAACGGUCUGUAGCGUGGGACCUCCCUCCGGGUUUCACGAACUCGCUAAGACCAUCCAUCAAGUUGCUCUCGAAGAAAGACGAUUUAAUAAGCAUUCAUGUUCGUCGAGGAGGGAUUGACAACGAUCAAAGUCACAACGAGUGGCUUUCGACUGUAUCACAAUCGCCUAACGUCAUCUCCAUGUCGUUUGUUCCAAUCGUUUCGCUUUUAAAUGGUGUUCGUGGCAGCGGAUUUCUUACUCACGCAAUUAAUCUGUACCUUCGAUAUAAACCGCCAUUAGAGGAACUCGAGCAAUUUCUUGAAUUCCAACUGCCACGGCAAUGGGCUCCAGCAUAUGGUGAUCUUCCGCUUGCUCCUCGACACAAGGCUCGAUCAUUGCCAUCUCUUCAGUUUACGUUCUUGGGCCCUCGGCUUUAUGUCAACACAGUGAAGGUUGAUUCUGGGAAGAGGCCGGUUACGGGGAUACGGUUGUAUUUAGAAGGAAGGAAGAGCGAUCGGCUUGCCAUCCAUCUUCAACAUCUAUCUACGCUUCCAAAAACGCUCGAACUUUUUGAUGAUUUCAGUGACGAACCAAGUGACGAGUUUGCUGGAAAGGGAUACCUCGAACCAGUCAAGUGGAGCAUCUUCUCUCAUGUGUGCACCGCCCCGGUUGAGUACAACGAGACCCGCAUCGACGACUCGGCUUCCAUCGUGACCAAGGCAUGGCUUGAGGUCAAAGGCAUGGGCAUGAAAAAGGUUCUUUUUCUUCGGUUAGGGUACUCGAUGGUGGGGUCCUCAAAGAUCCGCCGGUCCGAGUGGGACGGACCAUCGAUGCACUCUAGGAAAUCGGGAAUGAUGUCGAUGUUGAUGAGUGCACCGUUUAGCACAGGGCUCACCCCUGCUGAUCAGAACUCCCCCGUGAAGGUGGAUUUGAACUCCGCCAUUUAUCCAAACGGGCCACCAUCGAGUGCACCGAAAAUGUCGCAUUUUGUUGAUACGAAGGAAAUGGUGCGUGGACCGGAGGAUCCACCAGGGUAUUGGGUGGUGACCGGAGCGAAACUGUGCACGGAGGGCGGUCGGAUUCAUGUAAAAGUGAAGUAUUCGUUGUUGACGAUAAUUUCGGAGGAUUCGAUGUUCAUAUGAGCAGCCAUUGCAUUGUUGGAUUUAUGAUCUUCAUGUGUAUAUGUGAUUUCAUAUAAAUUGUACAUCCGGAUUCAUCAAAUAUAGCAUC